AUGGGGAAGAAGCGAGCGGCGGCCCCUGAGGUGAAGCGGCUGUGGGGUAGGCGCCAGCGCCACCACCAGCACCAGCCUGCGCAGUUGAAGCCCCUGGACUCCGCGCGGUUCAAGCUCCAGAAGCCCAUUUCCAAGAAGCACCACCACCACCUGCAGAAGCAGCAGCGCCGCCGGUGGUGGAGCUCCGCCGCCUCCGCCGCGCUCCAUCUCUUCAAGAAGCGCCCCUCCUCCUCCAUCAGACCCGCGGCCGCAGUAGCUCCGACUCCCCCGUACGGGUCCGCGGCGUCGACCACCGCCGCGCCUCUUUACCUCACCGACUACGAUGCUGGUGGUGGCGGGGACGACGACGACGGCGCGGCCGCGUGCACGUGCUGGGCGCCGGCCGUGCGGUCCGGCAGCCGCCUGGCCGCCGCCGAGCUCGGCGCCGCUGCAGUGGUGGCGGUUCCCUACGUCAGCCUCAGGUCCACUAGCCUCGCCGGCGGUGGUGGCACUGGAGGCGCUCCGGUGAUGCCCAUCUACCUCGUGACGUGA